AACUGGGAGAGUAUUUGGGAGCUCUAGCGCUUACUAUAAUCAAAUAUCGUUGCACAACUUCACACUGCUUAUAAUGAGUUGAAAGAUAUUAUAAACAAAGUGCGUACUCAGCAUUAAUGUAGUUUUUUUUUGGAAUGCACACAAAUACCACAAUAAUCACAUUAACACAGUAACAGACGAAUCACAUUAACAGUGGGGUACUUGCUGAUUCACUCAAUACAUUCUGUAACCCCUUAAAACGUUGUAAAAGUAAUGUGACACCUGCAACGGAGGGAUUUUCCAAAGGCGAGAACAUAUGUCCCACACUGUCGGUGUGGAUGAAAGGGUGAAUGGGUGGAGUGAGACGGGAGCUGAGGGGAUGUGGGACAGAGGAAUCUCUAACUUCAGCUCUAACAGUUGGACUUUACGGUUUACUGUUUGAGCACAAGGACAACGAACACGCCAUUGUGGAUUAGCAUAUUUUUUAAUGCUGCAUGAGCAAGAGGUGGGCCGUUACCUCAGCAAUAACAGGAAGAACAGUGGCAACACGUGGAAGUAAAUCCAAAGUGGAAACCUAGUCAAGGUCAGACAAGGCAGGAUUAAAAUAUUCUUCAACUGUGGAAAACUGCAAGAUAUUGAAUAACAAAUUAAGUGCAACAUUUGUAGAAAUGGGAUGUACCAACUGUGUUGGAUACAGGAGAUGAACAACUGGAUUUGUGCACAUUCAAAUAAGUGAGCUUCUGAAAGUCAGAACACCUGCCACUUUAAGACAUCUACACAUGAAGAGUUGAAUGUCAAAAACUUGCAGAAGAUUGCAUCUCGAUUGAAUUACCAAACCUUUGGAUUGAUUCAAUGAAAAGUGAUUUACACCAACUGAAGGUAUUGCUUUUAGAUUAUAACAUGCAGGAUUGGUCAGUCACACGGGCAUAGUAAGCAAUACAGAAACAACAACCUACAGGAUCAUUGGAUACACACAUGAACUAUAGGGUAUAGUUUUAAAGCCAGAGGAAGAGAUAAAAGCUUCAUUAUUGUUUCGGUUGAGGCUAGAUUUAGUCAGUUGAGAUGUUUCUCAAUACCCUUCUGGUGGUCUUGACUGACCUGGCAGCCGGACUCAUGGGAAGUGCCAAUUUCCGCCGCCAUUUUCACCUGUUCUUGUCAGGCCUGAUUAUGUUUGGACCUGCCCUGAGCAUGUGGGUCUCCCAACACAGCAUCUUUGCCAAAAGGACAAAUUUUCUUUACAGAGCAUUCCUGCGCUCAGGCUGGGGAUGGACCUGCAUCUUCGUCGGCUCCUUUGUCUUCCUCCUUUCCUUCUCAGUGCGCAGAUCCCUCGUUCUCUCACUGCGACACCUGUCCAGGCUGGUGGUGGCAGGCGUGCUGUGGGUGGGGUUCCGAAAGCUUCUGGAUGUCCUUGAGAACGCCACAGGGAGCUGCUACGAGCCCCUCAGCGCGGUAGAUGGCCAGCCCACGGUGGACGGCCAGCCCUUCCUACUACUUCGGGAGGGGGCGAGCAAACAGUUGUGUGUGGGAAACGGCAUGCUGUGGCGUGGCUAUGAGGUCUCUGAGGACAUCUUCUUGCUGUGUCUGUGCUGCCUGCUGGUGGCAGAGGAGACGGCCGUGUUCGGGCCCUACCUGACUCUGGGUGGGCCCUCGGGGGCCCCGCUGCGCCUGCUCUUCCUGUUCUGUGUCACUCUGCUAGGCCUCUGGAUGUUCUUGCUUCUCUGCCUGCUGGCUUACUUCCCCGCAUUCCCCACACAGAUCUUAGGAGGGGCUCUGGGGUGUCUUAGUUGGAGGGGCCUGUAUCAGGGCUGGUACCGCCUGGGCCCCAGCUGGUACUGUCCUGGACGACCAGGGGUGGGACUCUUCACCACGAAGGAAGGGGGGAAGCCUGAGUGAAAGAACGAGAGGAAUGGUUAUAGGCAUAAACACACCUCAUUAAACUUAGACACGAAGCUAAUGAAUGUGAUGUCCUUUUCAGGAACGAAUUAGGGGCUAAUUAAACCCUGUACAGAAUUUUAAGUCAUUUUAACUGAUGUCACCUAUCAUAAAGUUAUUGUACUUGAUAAAAAAUAUUUGUUUGUGAACUUGUCUACAAGCAGUUUUAUGAUAAAUAAAAUUCUUCAUACAAUUCGA